AUGCGGGUUGCACUCUUCCUGGCUGGCUGUGCGGCCGCCAGCGCCUCCAAUGUUUAUGCUGUUCGAGGUGCCAAUGAGAAGCAUUCUUUCCAAGCCGACUGCGAUUCGUUUCGACACAAAAUUAACGUACCUGAUGCUGUUGUGCAUUCAGUGACAUAUGUCCCGGCAGGGGCGAACAUUUCCAUGGCCGAUAAUCCUAGCGUCUGUUCCUCGGGCGGAGCGGGGGACACCAGCAGCACCUUUGAAUUUUGUCGUGUUUCGCUAAAUGUAACAACCUCAGCGAAGAGUCAGAUCUUCAUGGAGGCCUGGUUGCCGAGCAAUUACUCGGAGAGAUUCCUCAGUACAGGAAAUGGAGGUCUCGGUGGAUGCAUUCAAUAUUCCGACAUGAUUUACGCUGCGCAGUACGGAUUUGCUACCGUGGGAACCAACAAUGGCCAUUUUGGCGAUACCGGCGUUUACUUUUAUAACAAUAAAGACGUACUGAAGGACUUUGCUUACCGAGCUCUCCACACAGGUGUUGUGGUGGGCAAAUCCAUCACGAAACAGUUUUAUGCCAAGGACUUCAAGAAGUCGUACUACCUUGGUUGUUCGACGGGUGGUCGCCAGGGCUGGAAGUCUGUGCAAGAUUUCCCAGAAGACUUUGAUGGAGUAGUGGCCGGUGCACCUGCAUUCAACUUUAUCAACUUGAUCAAUUGGGGUGCUCGAUUCUUCCCGACAACGGGAAAUUCCAGCGCGGACACAUUUUUAAGUACUGCCCAGUGGGGUACUGUGCACAGUGAGAUUAUGCGACAAUGCGAUGACCUAGAUGGUGCUGCAGACGGCGUUGUUGAAGACCCUGAUUUGUGUCAGCCCGUGUUUGAGACUUUACUCUGCAAUUCUACCGAGAGUGAUAGCUCUAGUUCAUGCCUCACUGCAAUGCAGGUAAAUUCUGUCAACACCAUAUUCAGUCCUCUUUAUGGCAAUGAUGGCUCUUUCUUGUACCCUCGAAUGCAGCCCGGCUCAGAGCCACUGGCAGCAUUCAUUUACUAUGGCGGCACGCCCUUCGCAUAUGCCGAGGACUGGUACCGAUACGUGGUGUACAGCAAUCCCAAGUGGGAUCCAGCCGCAUGGACACUGAAUGAUGCCGCCGCUGCAAAUUCUCAAGAUCCUUAUGAGAUAUCGACGUUUAAUGGCGAUAUUUCGGCAUUCCGAAAGAGUGGGGGCAAGGUCCUCCACUACCAUGGACUUGAAGAUCCAAUCAUUACAUCUGAAAGUUCGAAAGUUUACUAUAAGCACGUCGCCGACACGAUGAACCUGAGUCCGUCAAACUUGGACGAGUUCUAUCGCUUCUUCCCAAUUAGCGGGAUGGGUCAUUGUUCACCUGGAAACGGUGCCGGGUCUAUCGGUCAGGGUCAAAGCACGUUUGUCAACAAUGACCCGAAGGAUAAUGUGCUGCUUGCAAUGGUGCAAUGGGUGGAGAAGGGCAUCGCGCCAGAAUUUGUGCGCGGCACCAAGUUGAACGGUACCACUGUGGAAUACCGUCGCAUGCACUGCAAAUAUCCUAAGCAUAAUAAGUAUGUCGGCCCGGGUUCUUACCGAGAUGAAGAUGCUUGGAAAUGUGUCUGA